UAGCAUUCAAGCCGCCACUUUACUUAAAAAAUGGAAAGAAAUGGGAAGAAUCAAUUGAAGGGGAAAUGAAUUGAAAUGGUGGAAGGUAUUAUUUCUUUAUUCUUCCACACUUGAAUCCGAUUACCAUCCAAGGCUGAAAUCAUGUUAACGAUCUUUACGUUAUUACUCUCUUUUUCAUGUAAACGUUUCGUGUGACAACUGUUUGAUCAAAUGCCUCACCCGGAUGUUGCGUAUCGGACUGUUCUGACCAUGGGUUAUCGCUUUGGUGGGAUGUAUGAUGAUGCAUUGCAUGUGUUUGAACAGAUGCAGUAUGCAGGUGUGGUUCCGAAUCAGCUAACAAUGGUGAAUGCUUUGGCUGCUUGUGCUAGCUCGGGUGCUAUUGAAAUGGGGAUAUAUAUACAUGAUAUGGUAAGGAGGAAUGGAUGGGAAUUGGAUGCCAUUUUCGGGACUGUGUUGAUUGAUAUGAAUGUCAAGUGUGAGUUUUUACUUAUAUAAAGGAAAAACAUGUGUUUAUUGAAGGGCCGGGUGUGGUGAGGAGGCUAUUUUGUGGUUUAAUAGGAUGGAGUUAGAGCAGAUGAAGUGACUUUGGUUGCGGUUCUUUCAGCGUGCAGUCAUUCGGGUUUGGUGGAUAAGGGUCUAUUGAUAUUUAGUAUGUUGGUUGAUGGAAAGUAUGAAUUUUGUCCCAAUGUCAAAAUCUCAGGGGAACUUUGAAUUCAGCGAGAAGAUGGAGUUAUGUUGAGAGAGAGAACUGACUAAGGACUUGGGUUGUAGUUCUGUGGAUGUUGAACACCUAAGGCCUGCCACUGAAGUCUCUCUCUCUUUCGAAUCAAUCCUUGUUUUUAGUGAUAUUGCUCGACAAAAUCCAAAUUUCCUUGAUCUUGGUGAUGCUUAUAAGCUAGCUCUCAGUAAUAGAGAAAGACAGUUGUCCGGUAUGCUUACAAAACAUUGGCUUGGGAAAUAUUCCUUAAGAGUUAAUUUUGCCAAAGGUCUCUGCCGCUUGAGGGUCUGAUAUGUAUUUUAGUGAUAUCAGUCCUAGAUUUUGUGUAUAAAUAGUGAAGAAGCAAAGACUUCUGACGUCUCUAACUCUACUGGAAUGCAGAUAUUUCAAAAAAUGAUUUCACUUUAGCGAAAUGAGUCUGGUAAGUUCGUCACUACAAGGCAAUGGAAGAUUCUUUUGAUGAAGAACUUCAAAUACUACCUACUGCAGAUUGUAGAAAGAUGGUUCUUACAGCUUCAACAUUUGCUGCUGCAAUAAGUUAAUCACUAAAAGGCACAUGAAGAUUCUUUUGCUGACGAACAUUAAAUACUAGCUACUGCAGAUUGGAGAAAGAUUGUUCAUAUAGCUUCAACUUUCGCUGAAAUAAGAACAUCAAAUACUAGCUACUGCAUAUUUGAAAAAUAUGAGGAAGAUUGUUCUUAGUAGCUAUUCGAGUUGAGCAUUUGCUGAAAGUGCAUGAAAUAAGAUGGCGAGUUUCUUGACUGAUUUGGCGAAGCCAUAUGUGGAGAAAUUGAUAAAUGGCGUGAUUGCAGAAUCGAGUUAUAUAUGUUGCUUCAUGUGCAUUGCUAAGGAUUUUGAAGAAGAAAAAGCUAGGUUGGAAGUAGAAAGGACAACUUUCAAGCAACGCAUUGAAGUGGCAACCCGAAGAGGGGAAGAUGUUCAAGCUAAUGCUCUUUCUUGGGUAGAAGAAGCUGAUAAGCUCAUUCAAGAAGACACCAAAACAAAACAAAAAUGUUUUUUUGAAUUUUGUCCUCAUUGCAUAUGGAGAUAUAGAAGAGGAAAAGUACUGGCAAAUAAGAAGGAUCAUAUUAAAGAAUUAAUGGAAGCUGGAAAGGAACUUACAAUUGGACUCCCAGCUCGUCUUCCCGAUGUUGAACGCUAUUCAUCCCAACACUAUAUGCAUUUUAAAAGUAGAGAAUCCAAAUACAUUGAGCUUUUGGAUGAACUCAAAGAUGACAACAGUUAUAUGAUUGGGUUGCAAGGGAUGGGGGGCAUAGGAAAAACUACAUUGAUCAAGGAAGUGGGUAAGAAACUUAAGCAAUCAAAGCAAUUUACUCAAAUCAUCGAUACCACAGUGUCAUUUUCUCCUAAUAUUAAAAAGAUUCAAGAUGAUAUUGCUGGACCCUUGGGAUUGAAAUUUGAUGACUGUAAUGAAUCCGAUCGACCCAAAAAGCUAUGGAGCAGACUAACCAAUGGUGAGAAGAUUCUUCUAAUAUUGGAUGAUGUGUGGGGCGAUAUUGAUUUUAAUGAAAUUGGAAUUCCAUAUAGUGACAAUCACAAAGGUUGUAGGAUUGUUGUAACCACGCGCAGUCUGUUGGUGUGCAAAAAAUUAGGAUGCAAUAAGACAAUCCAACUAGAUCUCUUAUCUGAAGAAGAUGCGUGGAUCUUGUUCAAAAGGCAUGCUGGUCUAAGUGAAACUUCAACCGAAUUUUUUCUUGACAAGGGACGUAAAAUUGCAAAUGAAUGCAAAAGGUUACCUAUUGCAAUUGUUGUUAUUGCUAGUAGUUUGAAGGGCGAACAACAUCGGAAUGAAUGGGAUGUGGCCUUAAAAUCAUUUCAAAAACCUAUGUCCAUACAUGGUGUUGAUGAUGAACUUGUUAAAAUUUAUAACUGUUUGAAGUUUAGCUAUGAUAAUAUGAGGAAUGAAAAGGUAAAGAGUUUAUUCCUUUUGUGUUCUGUGUUUCGAGAAGAUGAAGAGGUUCUUACUGAAAGGUUAGCCAGACUUGCCAUCGGAGGAGGCCUUUUUGGGGAAGAUUAUGGAAGCUACCAAGAUGCUCGAAAUCAAGUAGUUAUAUCCAAAAAUAAACUCCUAGAUUCUUGUUUAUUGUUGGAAGCCGGUCAAUGGACAGUGAAAAUGCAUGACUUGGUUCGCGAUGCUGCCCAAUGGAUAGCGAACAAAGAGAUUCAAACAGUACAAGUGCAUGACAAAAAUCAAAAGGCAAUGGUUGAAAGGGAGAAAAAUAUAAAAUAUUUGUUAUGUGAAGGCAAGCCAAAGGACGUGUUUUCCUGUAAGCUUGAUGGUUCCAAGCUUGAGAUUCUAAUUGUCAUUUUGUAUAAGGAUGAAGAUGACCAGGAUCCAAAUAUCAAAGUACCAGAUUCAGUUUUUAAAAAUAAUACUGGACUUCGAGUUUUUGAAUUAUGUGGUGUUUUUCUUUGUAACCUAUCAUUACCUCAAUCAAUCCAAUCAUUGAAGAAUAUUCGAUCUCUUAUCUUUAGAUUUGGUAGGUUGGGUGACAUUUCUAUCUUGGGAAAUCUGCCAAGCCUUGAGACACUUGAUUUGAGUUUUUGUUUUAUUAAUGAAUUGCCGAGCGGAAUUACGAAAUUAGAGAAGUUCAGAUUGUUGAAAUUGGAAUUUUGUACAAUUUAUUGGAAUAAUCCGUUUGAAGUGAUUGAAAGAUGCUCAUUACUUCAAGAGUUGUAUUUUGAAGGGAGUUUUAAUCAUUGUUGUCGAGAAAUAACUUUACCUACAUUGCAGAUGUUUUAUGUAGCCGACAACUCUGGAAUUGAUUAUUCAUCAUCAAAGUGUGUGUCUAUUGACUACGAAUAUGAGUUUUUCCUAUCUGAAACAACACUCAAGUAUUGUAUGCAAGAAGCAGAGGUUCUCAAACUAGGUAGAAUCGAGGGGGGGUGGAGAAAUAUCAUACCUGAGAUUGUUGCUUUGGACCAUGGUAUGAAUGAUCUAGUUGUGCUUCAUUUAAGUUGCAUUUCACAACUACAGUGCCUCAUUGAAACUAAGCAUACUUCUUCUCAAGUAUCACAUGUAUUCUCUAAGUUGGUUAAACUACAUCUGAAAAAUAUGGAAAAUCUAGAAGAAUUGUGCAUAGGUCCUCUUUCCUUUGACCCUUUUAAGAGUUUAGAGGACCUAUAUAUCGGGAAUUGCAAACACUUGCGAAGCUUAUUUAAGUGCAACCUUAGCCUACGCAAUCUAAAGAAAGUUUCAUUGAAUAGAUGUCCGAUGUUGAUCUCCUUAUAUGAAAGAAAAGGAGAGGGAUCAAGAAGAGAAAUAAUUGAUGAUGAAGGCAGGAGUCUGGACCCAAUGUUUUUGAAACUAAAAGCUCUUGAAAUUGAGAGGUGUCCAAACUUUAAAGUAAUACUUCCAUUUGUCUCUGCUCAUGAUCUUCCGGCACUAGAAUCCAUCACAAUGAGAAGUUGUGAUAAGCUGGAAUACAUAUUUGGGCAAGAUGUCAAACUUGGUUCCCUAAAAUAUAUAAAUCUUGAUGAUGUACCCAAGUUAAUUGAUAUUUUUCCAGAAAGUAAUCAUACGACGUCUUUGUCCAAUAAGAAGUCAUCUUCUAUUUCUAGAUCCGCUUCCAAGCCAGCAACACAGUCGGACUAUAUCAAAUGCAACAUCUUUUCAUGGAUUGAUAUGUAUUAUUGUGGAAACAAAUUGAGGAGUACCAAAAGUACUAAAAUUCCAUUGGUUCAUGUGAAUCAACCACAGAACAACUUAAUGGAAUCAAAUUCAUAUUGCCUUAGCAUAAACAUAUGGGAGCGUGCUCAAUGUAUUUCAAGACAAUCAAAGAUCCUGUGCAAUGUUAAAGAGAUUCAGUUGACUGAGUUGAGGGAGAUAAAAUCAAUAUUUGUCCUAUCUAUUGCUCCAAGAAUGUUGUUGGAAACUUUGAUAAUUAAAGGUUGUGAUAAAUUGAAACACAUAAUAAUAGACACCGAAGAUCACGACAAUGCUGAUGACAAUAAUUUGGGCAAUGUCUUCCCAAAGUUGAAAGUGCUUUCCAUUGAAGAUUGCAUCCGAUUGGAAUAUAUAUUCGGACAUUACAAUGAUGAUCAUCAAAACGACAUUGAGGUUCAUCUUCAUCUUCCAGCAUUGGAGUGUCUGCGUCUUUCGAAUCUGCAAAAUUUGGCUGCCAUGUGUCCUAAACAAUAUCACACAACAUUUCCACCUUUGAAAGAACUUGUACUCGAUAACUGCUUACAGGUUGCUGAUAUGAAAUCUAUUGGUGAUUUCAUAUCUCAUCAUUUGGUUUCAAGAUCUGUCGAUGGUACCAUAACAAAGAAAUUGAGUGGGAACAUGGAGUGUUUGCUUGCUCUGGAAAGACUCGUGUUAAAUAAGUCCAAAGUAGAAAGUAUAUUUUGUGUCAAUGAACAACAAAUAAACUUAGUGUUGCAAAAGAUUAAGCUGGAAGAUUUGUAUGUUGUGACUUGUCUUUUUGUUGGUCCCAAAGAUUCUUUUGUCCUCCAAAACCUACUAACGAUAAAAAUUGUGCGAUGUGAAAAGUUGCAAGUCAUUUUCUCCGAUUCUAUUGUAAGAUGUCUACCACAAUUGCAUGAUAUAAUGAUAAUAGAGUGUGAUGAGUUGAAGCAUAUCAUUGAAGAUGAUUUAGAGAAUAAGAAAAUGUCAAAUUCCUCAUCCUCAAGGACAUGCUUCCCAAAGCUAAAUGUGCUUGUUGUAUUAAAGUGCAACAAGUUGAAAUGUGUGUUUCCGAUCUCCGUAUGUAACGAGCUUCCCGAGCUAAAGUGUCUGAUCAUAAGAGAAGCAGAUGAACUAGAGGAAAUAUUUAAAAGUGAAGGGGAGGAAAAUCAGAAAGCCAAGAUUCUAAAUUUGAAAUAUGUAGCAUUUGUGAACCUACCAAGCCUCUUCCAAACACAGGGAAUUCAAUUUCAAACCGUAGAAUUUCGUUUUGUAAUGGAUUGUCAAAAACUCUCUCUCACUUCAACAUCAACAUUACCCUAUCUUAGUUACAGUUUACUCAUGGAUAUGGAUCAAGAAACGGCACAAGGUUUGCUGACUCUAUUUCAAAAAGUACGAGAAGAAUCCUAUGUCCACAAUUAUGGGUUUGUUGCAGCGUCAAGACACGAGUUGACAUCUUCAGAGGAGAAUGAAUAUUCAACAAGUCCACUUGGAGAACCUGAUGCUACUGCCAAACCUUCUCAGGAAAAUAAUUUGGAGGGCUCUAUGUCCGGAAAAAAUGUAGCAACAACUUUUCCGACCAUUUCAGAAAACAAGAAUGAGCCAACUGUACAAUCAGAUGCUCCUAAACAAAAGCAGGGUGCUGAGAUAAGUGUUGAAGAAGGAACUACAUCAAAUAAUGCCAAGACAAUAACAUCAUCAACUCAUUUAGAAUUAGAACAUGGUGAUAACCAAAUAGCUGCGGCUUCUUUUUCAAUUGGCAAUAAAGAGACCAAUGAUCAAGUUUCUCGGAUUGAUGAUGCUCUUAAGAAUGUAAGCUCAAAUAUUGAGGAACAGUUGUCCAAGGAAGAUGAUAUAAUAGUUUCAAAAUCAAAACCCUCUUCUAUUGCAUAUCAGUUUCCUUCAAUACCUUCUAAAGGGAACUCAUCUAAAAACGUAGAAAAUUUAAGUUCUUCUAUGCUUGUCACGAAGGAGCUUGAGCAGCUAGUCUCCGAGAAGCAUUUGGCUUCUGAGAAUUUGUCUUUGUUAAUUGAUUUCUUUGUUUUGCACCCUUCCCUUCAUUUAAAGGACAUUUCACUGAGUAAUAGAUACAAGGGUUAUGCCUACGACUGUCUAGCUGAGCUAUUGAAAUUUCUGAAAACCCAUAGUGUGUUGGAUGUGUUAGGUUCAAGCCGCUCUGAAUUUAUUGAAUUAUUACAAGAUGCGCGCAGAUUUCCUUUCGAUAAGGAAUGGUUGGAUGUUGUUGAAAAACGUGUUAUGUUUCCUGGUUUACAAGUCUCUCAAGCAGCAUUGCAAAAGUUGUUGGACUCAAAGCACAUCUUGACUGAACAUGUGAAGGAUCUAAAACAUCAAUUGAUAUCCUCUGAAGCUGUUUUGGAGAAUAUCACUCAACAGGAGGCACAAGUUUUAGAAACUCGAGCUACUUUAAGUGAUCCCAUCGGUUAUUAGACUAUUUCUUGCAUUUCUUCACUGCCAAAAUUGUUGUUGGAGCUUUUAUUUAUUCGGUUAUUUAUGUUUGAAUCAUUGUGUUAUAUGUGCACUCUUUUUCCUUUUCCUUAAUCAAAGUUUUAUUUCAUUGGGUUUUA